GACCUCGCUCUUCCUUUCUGCUCGGUUUUCCGUCAUGGCGCCUGUUCAGAAGAAGCAGAACACCGGCAAAGGUGGUAAGAAGAAGAAGCAGGUCCUGAAAUUCACACUGGACUGCACCCAUCCUGUUGAAGACGGUAUCAUGGAUGCUGCCAACUUUGAGCAGUUUCUGCAGGAGCGCAUCAAGGUGAACGGGAAAGCCGGCAACCUGGGUGGUGGUGUUGUUUCCAUCGAGAGGAGCAAAAGCAAGAUAACAGUUUCCUCUGAGGUGCCCUUCUCCAAAAGAUACUUGAAGUAUCUGACCAAGAAGUACCUGAAGAAGAACAAUCUUCGUGACUGGCUGCGCGUUGUGGCCAAUACCAAGGAGAGUUAUGAGCUUCGCUACUUUCAGAUCAAUCAGGAUGAAGAGGAGGAGGAAGAUGAAGAUUAAAUUGGCAAUCCAUCUGGUUUUGUACAUUUUAAAUAAAUGUUGUUUACAAUUUAAA